AUGAAAUGCUUUUUUUUAAACUGCAUCAACGACAUCGUUAAGAGAAAAAAGGAAAACAAAGUGAAACAUCUUUUGAAAUUCAUUUUGGCGAAGCAGCGCGAUGGGCUCUUGCACGACGAGGACGUUGUGUACCCCCUGUCGGCGCUCUGCUCCUUCCUGCAUGAGUUGAGGGGGCAGCACUGGCGGCGGGAUGGGCGACCCCAGGGUGCGGGAGGACCCACGCCGCCAGCCACUCCACAAUAUAAGAGGCCACCUACGCGGCCACCUACGCGGUCACCCCCUCCGCCAACCGCGCCGCCCUUCCUGCGAGCCAGCCAGCUGCACGUGCGCUCCUUCGUGGAGGCCCUCUUGAAGCAGUUCCACGCGAAGGGGGACGCGUCCGAGGAGGCCAUCCGAAGCUGCACGUACCUGCUGAAUGCGCUCUGCCUGCUGGACUACGACGGGCAGGAGAAACACUCCAGGGAGCUCCUCUCCAGAGUGGUCAAUUCGUUUGUCCGGCUUAAUCGGAGGCACCUGACCCAUGUUGGGCGAAGCGACCGAAGGGGUGAGGCCCCAGAGGGGACACCCACCCAAAUGGGGGGAGUAACAACCACACAGAAGGAUCCUCUCAACAGACAGAUAAGCAGCCAAACGUUAGUGGAAACCCUAACAGUGAUUAACAAACACUCUGUGAAAUUAAAAAGCUCCAAUGAGCACUUGGACCUGCUGAGCGUGUUCUACGUGGAGGUGGUUAAUUACCUGUUCGGCGCAACCGCUCUUUGUGUAACUCCCCCUGUGGAGCGUCACCAUAGGGAUGAACAGAGUCGCGGAGAGGCGGAUCCCCUUCCACUGAUCGUGAUGACUAGCCAUAUUGCCCCGCACCGCGUGGACUUGAAGCGGAUCAGGCGAUUCUACUCGGGGGCGCACCUGGACGUGCACCACUUUGUUAGUAUCGCCCUGUUUGUGAAGCGGCACGCGGAGGCGCUGCGCCGCUUCGCCCAGAAAGCCGCUGCUAAUGCGGCUAGCGAUGCCAAUGCCGCUGAUGCCGCUGACGAUGAUGGGGGCGGCCACCCCGUUAGCUGUGACCACCUCCGCCGCGCGCUAAGCACAACCACCGUGCACAUUUACGUGAACCUCUUUUGGAACCCCCAGGGGGGCUCCCCCCACGGACGGCAACACAUCUGUGAUGAAGACACACAUGUGGGAAGAACCUCCUCUCCGAAUCUGCAAAAGGGAGCAACGUCCUAUGCCCACCGAGAAGUGAACCCACCCCCCCAAGGACACCCCCCAAGGGACCCCCCAAAUGGCAGUUCCCACUUUCUCUCCAUGUGGAGUUACUUCCCUGGUGAGUUUACCAAGCUGUGCAAGUCGAACCAAAUAAGCACCCAUUUUGUUGUGCGUCAGAAUGUUAUGAACAUGUUCAGGUGUUUGAAGAUGCUAUCCUUGAGUGUACUAGCCACCGAUUCGGUAACCUGUGAUCACUUUAACAGGAGGAUAUACAGCCACGUCGUGUCCUUUAAGACCUUCCUAAGUCUCAUCAGCGGGGGAGGCUUUCCCAAAAGAGACGCUCUCCUUAGUGCAUUUGAUGUGUACUGCCACUUUUGGGACUUCCUUGUAAAAUUCUACUCCUCUGUUAUUUACACCAACAGUUUGGUCUGCCUGCUCGGCUGCUUCUGCGUAGGGCGUGUGAGGGGCAUGCAGAGGAGGGGCCUCGACUCCCCCAUUCGGGUUAUAAAUACAGAGGUGUUGCGUAGAUGGGGGAGAAGCGGCUCAAAUUAUGCAGAUGGCCCCUCAAUGGAACAACCAUCCACCCGGGGGAUCACCCCAGAGAGUGACUAUCCACACGGACCACCGCUUCAACGAAGCAACCAGGAGUGCCCCGCCCCCCUGCUGGCCAACCAGAGGCACCUCUUCAACAUGUGUAGCUUCUACGCCCAGAUGAAUUUCCACGAUGAGGCUUUCACUAAACAGCUAGCCAAAAUGAUAACUCAUAAUUUGACAGGCAUGGGAAGGAAAGACAUCAUGGCGGUGGUGUAUCUUCUGGGGAAAGCUCCACCAACACAGGGGGAGAUGCUCCUUCUCUUAGUGAGGCAGAUCCAAAGGGACAUCACCUCCUACGAUAUGGGCGACUUUCACUUGGCACUGAAAACGGUGCUGAGGUAUUCCCAUCAGAAGGAAUGGGCAAGUUCUUUCACCGCCCAUGCGGAGACUAUACUGCAGCAUGUCAUAGUACGGCUCCUCCUCGCUUGCUCCGAAAUGGAGACAAAGAAGAAACAACCUGUGCAGCGGACCACCCCACCUGUGCAGCAGACCAAUCCACCUACACAGCAGACCACUCCACCUGUGCGGCAGACCACUGCUACCCCUUCCAUUAGCCAAGAGGAGAUGCAAACCGUCUACGCAAAGCUGAGGAGGAGACCCACUUGGUUCACUUCGCACACGGAAAUGCUCGCCCGGGGGGAGAAGAGCCCAUUUCUGCGGGACACCCUCAACGUGCUAAACGUCGCAGUUAAGUUAGGGGAGAGCGGGCGCCUCCCCCACAGCGGUGAUGGCAACCGUCACUUAUACGAAGCAGGUUGCCGCUCUCUAUGCGAAAGCCGCUGCCCCCCCCUGUGCGACGCCCUGUACCUCCUCAUCAAACGAACGAAGAACCCCCGAGACUGCUUCAGCGUGCCGGAGUGGGUCAGCUUAAUCCUCUGCCACUGCAAGUUGGGCCACGCGCCCGACUACCUCCACGAGUAUUUGGCCCAUCUGCACGGGAAGAUCCACGAGGAGGUCAACAGGGAGAUCAACGGGAAGCUCACACCACAACUGCGUGGGGUGCACCUCAAAAACCUGCGCCUCAUUCGGAUGCUGUCGCAUCGGCUAAAAUCGCUUCGCUUAAACGGCGAGCUCUUUGCACCCUUAUGUGCGCGCGGGGAGGGCAGUGCCAUUCAGGGUGAGCCGCCCUAA